UGACAAAAAGCAGAAGUGUCACCGGAGGGAAAAAAAAAAAAAAGAAACAAAACAAAGCCUAGCAGGGAAACCGCUCUGCUGCCGGCUCCCACGAGAACCUGUGCCUUGCUCUCCGGAACAGCCGUAAAAUUGCAGGGAAAACAAAGCUGGGAGUGUUCACUCUCCCUCCACAAGUAUGGCAACAUCUGCGCAGUAUAGACAGCUCAUAAAUGACUACGGACCCCCAUCUCUAGGCUAUACACAAGGGAUGCAGGGUACCAGCAGCAGUCAAGUACCACAAAGCAAAUAUGCAGAACUUCUAGCUAUCAUAGAAGAAUUAGGAAAAGAGAUUAGACCCACAUAUGCUGGGAGUAAAAGCGCGAUGGAGAGACUAAAAAGAGGCAUUAUUCAUGCUAGAGGAUUAGUUCGGGAAUGCUUGGCUGAGACGGAACGAAAUGCAAGAUCCUAGCCCACUAAUUCAGCUGCAAGAUUUUCCAUCUCUUAAUGAAGAAAAAGUAACACUUAAUUCCUUUUGACUCUUGAAACAUUCAGACAGAUUCCUUUAUUUUGAAUGUUUUACCUUUCUUUUUCUGCCCUUACAAAAAUGUUUAGUUAAGAAUGAGAAAACAAGGAGUUUUUCAACUUACCGAGGGUUUGCAUUUUGUAAAGACGUUAAAACUCCCUAAAACGUUUCUAAAACAUGAAACCCAAACUGCAUGCAGAAGAAUGCUCCUUCUCUCCCAUGUUUCAGUUCUCUUCAUAUCCAGCCACAGUUUGAUUCUGUUCUGUUCCUCUGACUAUAUUCACUUGACCCCAAACUGUCGAUCUUUCAGAGUUUCACAUAAGUGCUAAGGAUUUUUUUUAAUAAAUGCAGAAUAGCAUGCUGUACCCAGUAGUCUGCUAAGUCACAGUUUGUCAUACAGCAUAGACCCUGCUUAGAAAUAACCUUCCCCUUCUCUUAUUUUUCCUUUUUUUGUUUGUUUUACAUAAACAUUUGCAUGACUGUUAGUGCUUUGAAGUCCAUUUAAAGUGCAUGAGUUAUAUGGCAAAUAGGGAAACCUAUUAAAUAAUAACAAGGUCCUGGAAAGCUAAUUUCUACAUUAAGGCUGGAGAUUUCAGUUUAAAGUUUGAAAAAAAAAAAAAAAAAAAAAGAAAAUUCUGGAUAAAUUACUAAAACUGUUAUUUGCAUCUUUGUAUGUAUUUAUUACUUGAUGUAAUAAAGCUUAUUUUCAUUAACAGUUUGUAUUAAAA